GCUUCCCUUUGCAUCUAAGCCCCUCGUUUUGCUCUUCUUUUCUUUAACACUAUCUCAUCUCCUCUCUCUUUCAGUUCCUUCUUCAGGAACAUGUUAUCAUCAUAAAUCAAGCUAAUCCGAGUGAGGGAAUCAAAGAGAUCGAGUUGUUGAGUGUUUUUUGGUUUUUGGGUCAUAUGGGCUCUGCAAGCAAUAGUAACCAAUAUCCUUGGCCACCGUAUGAGUCUUUCAAAGACUGUUCUCAAGGAGUUUGCAGCAUCUACUGCCCACAAUGGUGUUACAUGAUCUUUGCUCCUCCACCACCUUCCGAGUUGGGCGACAGCUCCGAAGAGGGUUCUGGUAUAAACUUCUCUCCUCUCAUUAUUGCCCUAAUUGGCAUCGUUGCUAGUGCUUUUAUUCUUGUCACGUACUACACCAUCAUAUCCAAGUAUUGCCGGCGACGUACCGGCGCUAGGGAUAUUGACAGGGAAGCGAAUCCGAACACGGUUAAUGAAUCGUGGCAAGGCUCUAACACUGGUAUGGAAGAGUCACUGAUCAAGUCCAUCACGGUUCACAAGUUUAAGAAGAAUGAUGGGGUGGUAGAAGGUACAGACUGUUCUGUUUGUUUGAGUGAGUUCGAAGAAAAUGAGAGCUUAAGGCUAUUGCCAAAGUGCAGCCAUGCUUUUCAUGUUCCUUGUAUUGAUGCUUGGCUCAAGUCACACUCUAGUUGUCCGCUUUGUCGGUCCAAUAUUGCUGCUCCUGCUAUUGCCUUGGUGCCUCCUGCUCAUCAUCGUCGACAAGUUUUGCCUUCUGUUGAAGAUAACUCACAGCUGGAGCGGAUCAAUCAAUACCAGCAUACAAGUAGUGGAAGUGUCUUGGUGGUUCAAGAUAGGGAAGAAGAGAGCUUUCGUGUUCAAAAUCAUGAGAUCCAGAGAUUAAGAAGAUCGGUAUCUUUGAUUGAGGUGUUGAAUUUACAUAAUGAUGAAGAUGAUGAGGACUUGGAAAACCAGAUGGAGCAUUUCCACUUUUCUAUGGAUCGAAGCGAGCAAUUUCCGAUGCAGAAUUUUGAGUUUUGUAUGAAAACAGGGUCCUCAAAAGGAGCUGUGUCUGGGGAACAGAAUUCAAAAUUCAACAAUAUUAGAAAUGAAGUUGUGAGCUUGGUAAAGGGACCUCUUGUCUUGAAGAGAUCUAUUUCAACUGGGAGAUUUGGGUUCACAAGGUAUGCAAAGGAAAACAACUCUGUUAUUCCUAAUUAAUUAAACCAUCAUUGGAUAUGUAUAACUUGUCCAUAUUAUGUAUACAAAACGAGAGACCCUGCAGGAUGUUACUCUGAGACUACUUGACUAUGAAUGAAAAGGUAUACACUGUAGAAACUCUUCUGCAUAAUACUAGUGCCUUAGCUAUAAUGAUG